GUUUAAUCCGGGUUGUUGUAGGGAUGAUUUUAAAUGUACAAAAAACAAAGUUCUUUAUAAUCGAAGAAAUAUUUCACAUAAAAAUUCCUAUAUGCUAUUCUGCCUGAACGUCAAACAACGUUUUAAUAAUUGGUUGUGCGAAAUUACCUCCUGUUCAAUUGCUCUUUCAACAAUUGACCAUUCAAAUUUGACCUCGAAUUGUCUCUUGAACACGAGGAUAUAGAACAUGAUAUUCGGCAACAAGGUUGCGACUGCGUCAUUUGACCAGCUGGCACCAGGUGGGAUUAGGAUUAUAUAUAACCAGCCACAACAUACGAUUCUAAGCGACCACAAAAGCAUUGCCCAAGAAGAUAUAAAAUUUCUUUGCAAUUCAUCUCAGAGUUUUUUCCCACAACACACAGUUUUGAGUGAACGCAAAUUUGGCAAAGAUUACGGAAAGAUAUUCAAAUGUUCGUCUUGUGACCGAACUUUCACCUCCAGAUCAGGGUUAUGGUACCAUGUACAACUUGUUCAUGAAGUACAAAAUUAUCCAUGUGAUCAGUGUUCAAGAACCUUCAGAUUGAAACAAUAUCUUAUUGCACAUAUUCAACAAGUUCAUGAAAAAAGAUUAGCUAAAUGUGAAGUAUGUGGCACAACGUUUGCCUCAUUGGGUAAUCUAAAGAAACAUGAAAAAAGUAUACAUGGAGGAAGAUUAUUCGACUGUCCUUCUUGUGAUCGUUCCUUCACCUCAAGAUCCGGUUUAUGGUAUCACAUUCAUCUUGUCCAUGAUGUUCAGUCAUUUCAGUGCGAUGUAUGCUCCAGGACAUUUGCAUUACGAGUCUAUCUCCACGCUCAUGUACAACAGGUUCAUGGGAAGAGAAUGGUCAAAUGCGAACAAUGUGGCGAUUUCUUCCUGUCUGGAAGCAUUUUCCGAAGACAUCAAGAAACUCGACACAAAGGUAUGAAAAUCUCACCACAACAGUAUAAUUCCCCGGUUCCACGAAAAACGAAUAAAUUGAGACCUCCUUUAGGUCGGCUGAUAUUCAAAUGCGCUAGUUGUAACAAAUCUUUCGCUUCCAGAUCUGAUGUAGCGAUACAUUACAAACAUGUACACGCUGGUAAGUACACUGCGAAUAUCCAUCCACAUACACUUAAGUCAUAAUUCAUCAAUUCUAUAGGUACAUUAUUCAUUUUUACCAAUCGAAUAUCAGAAGGUUAAAAGUAAAUACACGUUUUCUUAACAUCCAACGGAUACCGUUUGUGAUUUAAUUAUUAGACUAUAUAUCUCGUAGUAUACCGAGAUAAUUAUAUCUUUGUCGAUAAACGCAAAUUUCUCUAUUGCGCUUUUUUACGCACAACGUUGGGGAAUUUAUAUCCAUUUUUCACAAAUAAAGCGAUAAUUGACUCCAAUCCUGUUGUGGUAUUAAGUUUUAAAGGACCAGCACCCAACUAUGAACGUAUUGUUUACUUCAUUAAUAGAGUCACUAGAUUUUUUAAGAUUUUGUAAUCUAAGUUUUUAUCACGGUAUUACUUUUAAUGAUUAUUAGAGAUCGAGUCAGUAUUAGAAAGUAUUAUUGUUCACAAACUUUUACUACGUAUCAUCUUAUUUGUAGCUAAAUUAAUUAAGUGCGCUGAGUGUGACAGAACGUUUACGUCGAAAUUGACUUUGCAAAGUCACGUACGCGUCGCCCAUCCUGAUGAUGACGAAGAAGAAGAGAUCGCUGAGGAAGUUGAUGAAGAAGAUGAGGAAGAAAAUGACGAAGAAGAUAAAAUUGAAAUCCCAUUAUCUCCUACAAAACCUCCCAUCAAAACUGUCAACAUUGUCCUUUUCCGCACAAACAAAAAGCUUCGUAUUCAAAACCAAACUGAUUCAUAAGUGCAGUUUUGUAAACUAUCCCCUAACAUUCACGAAGUUUUACUCUACUGUAGAUUACCGGGUGUCAGAUUUUAUCAGUUUUAUUUAUAUAAUUAUUAUUUUGAUAAGUGUGUACCUUCAUUAUUACCGUUUCUCUUCAUAUUACUAUUAUUAUUAUUAUUCAAUAAAUCAUUCUUGUACAUACAAUAGAUUAGUUCAUUCUGAAACCAUGAAAAAAUCAUUAAAAUAUAUAUCGUCCUAAUUUACGUGUUACAUACACACAGUAAAAACGAUUGAUCACACAUAAAUAUAUAAAGAAC